GAUCCCAGGGGCAGCCUCAGCAACAGCAGCAGCAGGCGCCGCCCUUAGACAGCUGCGAAGGCAGCAGCAGCCCGCAGCGGGGAAGUGACCCAGCCCUCCUGUCCUCCUCAGGAACUGCAAGCACGGGCUUCGCCAGCCACCACUGAGGCCACUGAGGCGAGCAGCAGCACCUGCGAGAUGGAGGUUGAUUCUGAACAACAGGAAAUGGUCCCAAAUAAGAGGAAUGUCAUCUUAGUAGAUGGUGUCGUACUCAACGGUCCCACAACAGAUCCAAAAGCAGGAGAAAAAUUUGUGGAAGAGGCCUGUCGCUUGAUCAUGGAAGAAGUAAUCCUGAAAGCUCCAGAUGUCACAGAGAAGGUUUGUGAAUGGCAGCCUCCGGAGCAGCUGAAGCAACUGCUUGAUCUGGAGAUGAGGGACACUGGGGAACCACAUCAGAGACUCUUGAAACUUUGCCAGGAUGUCAUCCGAUACAGCGUCAAAACCAAUCACCCAAGAUUCUUCAAUCAGCUGUAUGCUGGCCUUGAUUACUAUUCCCUGGUUGCUCGGUUCAUCACAGAGGCUUUGAACCCAAGUGUUUAUACCUAUGAGGUGUCCCCAGUGUUUCUGUUAGUGGAAGAAGCUGUUCUGAAGAAGAUGAUCGAAUUCAUUGGCUGGAAAGAAGGGGAUGGCAUUUUUAACCCAGGUGGCUCUGUGUCCAAUAUGUACGCCAUGAAUUUGGCACGAUACAAAUACUAUCCUGAGAUUAAGGAAAAGGGACUCUUUGGAUUGCCCAGACUAGUUCUUUUCACAUCAUCAGAGUGCCAUUACUCCAUGAAGAAGGCAGCAUCUUUCCUUGGAAUCGGUACGCAGAAUAUUUACUUUGUGGAGACAGACUCAAGAGGUAAGAUGAUACCUGAGGAACUGGAGAAACAAGUCCAACGAGCCAGGAAAGAGGGGGCUGCCCCGUUUCUCGUCAGCGCCACCGCCGGGACAACUGUACUGGGGGCAUUUGAUCCUCUAGACGAAAUAGCAGAUAUCUGCACCAGAUACAACCUAUGGCUCCAUGUAGAUGCAUCUUGGGGUGGCUCAGCUUUGAUGUCAAGGAAGCAUCGCAAGCUUCUGCAUGGCAUCCACAGGGCUGAUUCGGUAGCCUGGAACCCACAUAAGAUGCUUAUGGCUGGGAUCCAGUGUUGUGCUCUUCUUGUGAAAGACAGCUCGGACCUUCUGAAGAGAUGUUACUCUGCAAAGGCAUCUUACCUCUUCCAACAAGAUAAGUUCUAUGAUGUCAGCUAUGACACAGGAGACAAGUCGAUCCAAUGUAGCCGCCGGCCUGAUGCAUUCAAGUUCUGGAUGACCUGGAAGGCUCUGGGGACGCUGGGUCUUGAAGAAAGAGUGAACCGGGCUCUUGCAUUAGCGAGGUACCUUGUGGAGGAAAUUAAGAAAAGGGAAGGAUUCCGACUGCUUUUAGAGCCCGAGUUUGCUAACGUUUGCUUUUGGUACAUUCCGCCAAGUUUAAGGAAGAUGGAAGAAGGACCUGAGUUCUGGGCAAAGCUGAACCUGGUUGCCCCUGCCAUUAAAGAGAGGAUGAUGAAGAAGGGAAGUAUGAUGCUGGGCUAUCAGCCACAUCAGGGAAGAGUUAACUUCUUUCGUCAGGUGGUGAUCAGCCCCCAAGUGAGCCGUGAGGACAUGGACUUCCUCCUCGAUGAGAUUGACCUCCUAGGUAGAGACAUGUAGCCAUUGCUCAAAAAGGCCCCAGAGCACAAAUCCCACUGAGCAGAAGUUUCCCAAUGAAGAACAUCUGGGGCCUUAUUACAGAUAAUGUUGUUCUUCAGAUGCUCAUUAGGAAAUGCUACAGUAACUUUAAAAUCCAAUUGCUUAGAGUACAUCUUAAAAGUGCCUCAAAAACCUCCAAAGUCUAGAAAAGCAAGAGCAACAGAAGAAUGAAAAUAGCAUCAGUGCUGCUCUUGUGAUUUGGACACCUUCUUUAGGAAGGUUGUCUGGGAGGAGUGUUCUCAGAGGGCAAGCUUCCUGGGUAUUAAGCAGCCAUCCCCUCUUUAAAAGAUUCAAGGAACUCCUAAAUGUAGGAAUUUUGAUUCUUAUGCCUCAUAUUCAUCAAUGAUUCACACUUAACACUUUAGAGGAGCUUUGGAAUGGAUGAGAGAAGAGCUGGGCAUUGUCCAGCCAGGAGUUUGAGCUUGCUCCGGUUCCUCUAAAAAUAGACUCCAUAAGAUAGCUCUCGCCUAGAUCUUUGGUGGCCCUAGAAGCAUGUUAAAGCUAUUUUUUAAAAAAGAGGAAUGAUGAAAGAGGUUUAUGUGAAAGAGAGAUCUUUUUUAUAUGGACUGAUUGUGGCAAAUUAUUGGAAUUCAACAUGGGACUGAUCUAAUCUCCCUAUGGAUUAAAAAAAAAAACUUUCAAAUUACUUAGUAGGCCAUAUAUUAUUAUUAUUUUUUUUCAUCAAAGAUUAACAGCCCCAGAAAUAUUCUUUCAUCCUUGUCUUCUGGACCACAUUCUUAUUUUGCUCUAAAUCCCGUUAUUUUGUUUUGGCUAAAUCCAGCCAUAUGAACCUACUUCUACUACCAUAAAACAAAGGAACCAAUAAGAUAAUAUUCAUCUUCCUCUCUUGAGAGGGUGAGGGCCACUUAACAAACAAAAUUGUUAAUUCAUAUAGAUAUCAUGUUUUAAUGCUUACAAAGCACUUUGAGAUUGGUAGUACAAAUAUUAUAUCGGAUUUUACAGAUGAAGAAACAGAGGUUUGGAGAGGGUAAAUCUGGGGUUUUACCCAUGUCUCCUGAUUCCAAUCCCAGCACUUUUCCCACACUGAUAUCGCUUUGGAUAGGAAGAAGAGGCUAGACCUAACUUAAAUCUCAAAAGUUAGAACCUUGGUCAUGAAAUUAAAUGAUCAUCAAAUAUCUUGAAGUUACUAGAAGGAAGGCAAUAAUAGAUUUUCAUUAAUCCCCAAGACUGUUCCUUAUCACAUACUCACAGAGGUUGGUUUUGUUGCCACCAUUUAUGGAUAACACAGCUCUACUAGGAUUCCAUCCAUCUUUUAACGAGGAUUUAUUAAGUGCUUAUUAUAUGUUAGGCACUGUGCUAAGCGCUGGGAACAAAAAUAUAAAAAAAUUAGUUUUUGACCUCAAAGAGCUUUUAUUCUAUUGAUACAUGAUCCUUUUGGAAGGUUUUGACAUUUUAGCAAAUUAUCCUUAGCAAAAAAGUCCCUUCAUUUUAGGAGUUUUGGGAAUUAUUAUUUUCCAGUUAAUUAUUUCUCUUCUUUUGGUGGCUUGGUUUGCUUUGAAAUAAUCGUUGUGUGUUUUUAUGAAGGCUGAAGAGCAAACUAAACAAUGUGGUCAUAUAUUAUUUAUUGUUCAUUUUCCAACGCUGUGAGUAGCUGAGAAGCUGAAAGCAGAAGUUUUCUUGUUUGUGCUUAGUUUGUUCAUCGAGAUAGCAAUGACCAAUGCAGUCUUUUCUCUUUCACAUCUCAAGUACUGAAAAUUGUCUCUAAAUGAAGUGCUUUAAUGCCUUCAAUUGACAUGUCCAGUGUUGUACAACAUUCCCAUUUACGAGCUCCAAAAUACCAGUAAUUUAUUGUGGGCAGAAGAUAAUAGAUAAAAAAUAAAAAUAGGAGCUCUUCACCAACAGACUAAAAUGCCUUCACAGUCGUUCCUGGGAGUGGAAAAUCUUGAUCCCAUCUAUAAGCCUAAUUCUAGCUUUCUCUAUGAAUUUUCCUUGAUAAAGGACUGAACAGAAUUAGGCCCUUUAGAUACAUAGUUUGUCAUAGUAAGCCCUGUAUAGCUCUCUUCUAAGUAGAUUGGCUGUAUUGGAAUUGUGUUUCCAUUUUUUAUAGAUCUGGGCUAUACUGCCCCCCCCAAAAAAAAAUUGAAAGUGGUAAAAGUAUUAGAGUUUUACCUAAUCUGUUACUUUUCCUAAAGACAAAAAUUAUGUAGACAUACUCCAUCUAACACUAAUUGAUUCUCUUCAAAACACAGUGUAAGGUGAAAUGAUGUUACUUAGGAACUAGGCUAUGGAUGGAUGGCUGGCCAGACAGAUUGACACAUAGGAUUUAUGACUUUUUAGUGGGGUUUAGUUGAAAAUGUUUUCAUAAGAUUGUUGAUAGGACAGCCUUAUCCAAAACAGUCUGUGCUAUCAUUGUAGGCUUUGAAAAUCCAAGAAUCGAUAUCAAGAAGUUCUCUUUUUAUAUUUAAAGUUACUAUUUUUCAUUUUAGCAUCUUGUUUCUGUCUUAUGUUUCCAUUAUGUCAGAAUGGUUAAGAUAUGUUUACCAACAUGCCUCUAAAUUUUGAUAGAUGCUUACUAGCUAUGCAAUGAUGACAUGGUUUGUAUUUGUUUUCAUUUAAACAACAAAAUAAACAAGAGUUUUUUUUAAAGUCUGCACAUAAUAUUUCUGUAAAUCGACAUUUGCAUCCUCAUGAUGCAAAAUGAACAUUAGAGCAUAAAUUUUUCAUCUGACUUGUUUUUUUUUCUGUCAUCUACUAUUUACUCAUUUUAGCAUUUAUAUACCAUAACAUCUCCCCUGGAUUAGGCUGCCAUUUUAGCAGUAGAGACAAGAGACUUCUUGUCUUGUAGUUGAUUUGAAUAAAAUUAAACAAGAGAAACAAAA